AGCAUUUCAGUACGAACGCAUUUCAAAGUACGCGACGCACGUCCGAAACUGGCGCCAUCGAAAAUGAUAUCGCGCUUCUAAAUUUGAAUUUUAAUUCACAACCCUGAAUUCGAUUUGUUACGAACGAUUUUAUAUUACAUUAUUAUUAUAUUAUUAUUUUUAGUUACAUACUAAUAAAUCGUGAAAAAUGUCGUUUUUCCACAACGUUCCUAGUGUUUUCCUAAUUUCCCUUGUUUUGCUCGCAAGUGCACAGAAAUCGUCAAAUAAUCUCCGUGACGUCGAUAUCCAAGAAUUGGCGAGGCAGAACAAAAUCACAGAGCAGAUCCUAGAGGCAUUCAUACAGAAGAAGCUUGGCCUCGCGAGCAAUAACUACAGAGCACCUUCGAUAUUCGACAUCCUUCCGGGAAAGAAGCCGGAAGAGCGAACAAUACGACAAUCAACGAGUGAUCGAGUGAGACAUGCCGAGAACGAAACAUGGGUAGAGAAUGAUGAUUUGAAUGAACAUAAUGAAGAAGAACCUGCGAUUGAAGAAGGACCUGAAUUUGUCGACAUUGAUGCGUUGCAAAGCGUGGAGAGUGAGCAAAUAGACUCAAUUUAUGCUGAAGGUAGGAGUAAAAAGUAUUCCAGCCAUUCGCUUGAUGCUGAUUUGGAGCCAAGCUAUCAUUGCUCAAGUUGUAGUGAGGAUGAUCUUGGCGUGACACGAUGGACGAUGCCGCUAUUGAAGAGUGGGGAGAAAAGAUAUUAUCUGGGAAUAUUCUUUAAGGCAAACUGGUUCAAAGCGCAACAAUACUGCAGAUUCCACGGCAUGCAUCUUGCGUCAAUUUCUUCGCAGGAAGAGAACGACAGGCUGGAGAAAUACGUUAGAGAAUCAGGUUAUGGCCGAGAGCACUUUUGGACAUCUGGCACUGAUCUGGCCGAAGAGGGAAACUUCUUCUGGAUGGCCAACGGAAGACCUCUCACAUUCGUCAACUGGAACGCCGGUGAACCAAACAACUUCCGCUACGAGAACGGCGAAGAAGAGAACUGCCUUGAACUCUGGAACAGAGAUGACAAAGGUCUUAAGUGGAAUGAUUCUCCAUGCUCGUUUGAGACCUUUUUCAUUUGUGAAGUUCGAUCCGAUUGAUUUAAAGGUGCUUGACACGAUAUAAUGUAGUUUAAUUUAUAAUUGUUUUAUACAAUGAUAAUAAUUGAAAAUCUAUCGUUUUUUCUGAAUUUAAUUUUGCCUUCAUAGGAUCAGACAUUUUUUUAAUAAUGCCUACUCAUUUAUUUAUAAUGGUCGUAUUUCAAAGUUCUCAUUUUGACAUUACUAGACGAAUUUCAGGAAAUAAUUUGACUGAAUAUUAUUUUUUCUAUUAUCUACGUAUGCUAUGGAUUAAUGCUGUGUUUACCUACCUACAUAAAUAUGUAUGUAGUAUAUUAGUAUAAGCUAAUACAAAGAAAACAUUCUAUAUUGCUUCGCAAAAAUUGUUUACAAACAAACACAGAACAUUUAAAAUGUAUGUAAAUGUAGAACUCAGCGUCAGCUUUGAUUCCAAUCAUUUUACAGCCAUUCAAAAUGAUUAACAAAUACUUCAUAGUCUUCCAUACUAUAUUCUAUGUCAAAUAUAGGCGAAAUAUCUGCUCCAAUUUAUCAUAUAUAUCGUGUCUCGCUAUUAUAAUUCAUUUUGUUGUGAUAUAAGAGUAGUGUGCUAGAUUUUAUAUUUGAAAAGAGUUAACGGUCAGUACGCUUCUACAGUUUGUGUCUAAACAAAUUGUUCUGGUUUAGAUAGUUAUUUAUUUGAAAAUGUACUGCUAAUACUUGCGUCUUAUUAAAAUAACAUUACGGAUAAUUAUUAAUAAAAGCUAUAUAACAGCGCGUUACUUAAAAAUCUCCAUGUCUGUUUAACCAUUGUUGAUAUUUAAACUAAGAUAGUUCUGAUAGUUCUCAACUACGGGAACAUAUUUGUAACUAGGUAAAAACCUUUUUAUUGGGUUUAUAGAUAAAAAGAUUACAUACAUGAGAAUUCAAUAAACAAAAUUUAAAAUAUCAUAAUUAUCUCCAGUAUUCAGACAAUAUUUUUUGAGAAUAUUCUCAAAAGUAUUCGGUAUAUAACACUUUCUUUUGUUUAAGGCUAAAUAAUUUCCUGCACAGAACAUAAGUGUUAUUAUUAAUAUAAAAAAGUAUUUAUAUCCUUCAAAAAGGUUUACUAUGUUAUUCUCUAUUGUCGAGUUAGUGUCAGCUCUUUUCAGUUAUAUAAAAAUAGUAUUAGCAGUACAAUAUGUGUAUCUAUUAUUAAAAUGUGGAAUUCAAAAAAAUAGUUAAGUAGUAACGAUCACUGCCAUGAUCCAGUUACCAGAGCAUCAGUGCUCGACGGACGGACGUCCAUAGUCAAACUAGUGUUAGUACAUGUUACCUUAUGUAAAAAUAGGUAUAAGUUUAAUAAAAAUCGAAUUUUUA